AUGUCAAGACUCAAGUAUGAUAAUGUCAUUGUAUUUGGACCAACCGGCGAUGUUGGUGGUGUUGUUGCUCAGGAAGCCUCCCGACGUGGUGCCAGAGUGUGGCUAGCUAUGCGACGAAUCAAUGCCACCAUCACUGCAAUCAGCGAGCAAGACGAAAAAACGGAAAAUUCCAUCGCAUCGAGGCAGAUCUUUCUGAUCCAAAAAUAUGUGGUUUUCCUCUCCUCAUUCAACGUGAAACCGGAGCAAGAUCUACGCCGGAUCACGACCGACGAUUUUAUAGCCCAUGUGCAUGCUCAGGUGGAGAUCAAGCUUGAGGACCUCAACAUUUCCCAUGUUGCACUGCGACCCGGAAUGUUUGCGAGCAAGCCAUUCAAGCAGGACCUCGAUACAACAAAGACUCCAUGGGAAGCCAGUGUCACAUAUGGAGAUAUACUCGAAGAUUCUGUGUCGCCGGCUGACGUUGGGCGUGUCGGUGGCGCUGUUUUGGUUGAACGACCAUCUAUAUCGUCCAAGGAAGCUAUUUAUUUGUGUGGACCACAACUCUUGACACUGAAUCAGUUAUGGGAGACAGUCAUUGGGACUUCUGGACGCGAGAUCAAGAUUGUUCGUCCGACACUGGAAGAGAAGAUUGCCGAGUUGACUGGGAAAGGCUUUCCGGCCCCUUUGGCGAAGAAUCUUGUUCAGGGAAUGGCCCAACGGAGGCAUGUCAGCUUAUAUCCUGAGCCAUUCUAUACGCAAGCGGUGGAGAAUAUUGCAAAGUAUUCGGGCGGCAAGCCAACCUCUUUUGCAGAUUAUGUGGCUAGCCAAUACCUCGGAUGA